AAGAAGGGCGAGAAAGAGAGGCGGGCGGUAAGGAGAAAAGAACGGGUUUUUUUUUCGACGAUUUUUUUUCAGUGCAAAGCUAGGGCCGGAAGAAGAAGAGGAGGAAAUCAAAUCCAGAAAUUUUUCGGCGGAUUUUUUUUUUCCGGCGGAUUAUUUUCAGGAGCAAAGCUAGGGCGGGAAGAAGAAGAGGAGGAAAUCCAAUCCAGAAACCAGAAUGGGUUUCCUCGAAGACUUCCAAGCCAAUCGUUGCGCGAAGAGUAGCUGCUAGGGAUCAAAAUGAUUCGAGCUUUACUAUAUUAGGACUGUAACAGAUCCUCCACUGAGUGGUUUGCCACUUUGGGAAAUCAGCGCUUGAACUUGUGCUUGAAAUUGGAGGAUGAAACCUCUUCUCAAAAGGAAAUUGGAGGAUGAAACAGGGAUAAUGAGAACGAUGCCGUACCAGCAGGAAUUUCUUGGUGCUUUUGCCAGUUCUUUUACAUGGUUAAUCAUGCUUCUUGGUGAUUUGUCCAUAUUUCUUUUUGUGGGUUUCUUUUGUAGGAAUUAGGUUGAAGUCAUCCCUUGAAUGACCUUAAAGGAAAUGCUUGAUUGCAUGUGAAACGCUUCCUGGCAUUUGGCAACUUCAACUAGGUUUCUCUUGUUGAGAUGGGAAUUUCUGGCGGUUCAGCCAGCACCAUCUCUUACUCGUAUCCUUUUGGUUGUCGGAUAUCGUGGCUGCCUGACGACUCGAAAUGUGGCAUUGUGUUUGUCAAUCCAUGCCUGUUACCACUGCACCAGGCAAUGACCUCUUCUCUGAUAUAGGUUUCGAGUCCUUGCCAGCCCUGCUGCAACGUAAUUAUGGAUUGAUGCGAGAUCUAGAUAAAAGUUUACAGGGAGUACAGCGGCAGAAUGAACAACGCUGUGAACAAGAAAUAGAGGAUAUUAGGCUGGGAGUUGAGUCUGGUAACAUUACUCCUGAUACAUCACUUAUCAGAUUUUCUGAUGAGGCUCUCGAUGAACAAAAGCAUUGCAUCAGGAUUGCUGAUGAAAAAGUGGCCUUGGCCACACAGGUCUAUGAUAUGGUUGAUGCACACGUCCAACAACUCGAUCAAUACAUGAGAAAACUUGAAGAGGUCCGGCAAGAAAGGGAACUUGCAACUGGGGCGGGUGUUGGUGCUUCAAAUGCUGAUGCUAGCACAAGAUCUAGAAGGGUUGCUGAAAGUAGCAGAGGGGGGCGGAAGAAAUCACGAUUAGCAGUGGAGCCACCAAGCGUAGAUCUGGAAUUACCAGUGGACCCAAAUGAACCCACAUACUGUAUCUGCAACCAAGUUAGCUAUGGGGAGAUGGUUGCUUGUGACAACCCUGAUUGCAAGAUUGAGUGGUUCCAUUUUGGAUGUGUUGGUUUGAAAGAACAACCAAAAGGAAAAUGGUACUGCUCCAGUUGCGUUGGAAUGCAGAAACGUAGAAAAGGUAAAUGAAUGAUUGGUUACUUCUGUCAACAGUUAGGAGCUGAUUUUGGUGCCAGAAAUGCAAACGAGUAGCGCCAUUUUUUCUUAAUGGUUGCUUUGGUCUCUGCAUCUAUAGACUAUAAGUGGAGAUAAGUUAACAAUUAUGUUAUUCAUAUUAUGUGUAAUAGCAAGGUGACCAUAUAAUACAGUUUUAGCAUGAAGAUUCUUAGUAAUAUGUGUGGUUUUUACUUUAGUUGCCUAGAUUUUGGUUCGUCAUCUGGUCAGCAGAUGAGACAUCUUUGCGAAUCAGCUAUUUAUGGAUGCCAUCACAAUUUGGCAGUUGAAA